AUGUUUCGCGUGUAUAGCAAUACACGAGUCAUUUAUGGUCUAUGCAGAGCACUUAAUAAUCAAAUUAGUAAACGAUAUCAAUCAUCAUCAUCAUCAUCAUCAACAACAACAACAGCAGCAGCAAAUGUUGCUUUAGAGCCAAAUGUAUCAAAAAUGUCAAUGUUUAGUGGACAUAUAAAAGGAGCAAUUACUAAUAAUUUAGAAUUUAUUCGUCCAGAAAAUAUAACACCAAUUUCAAUGUAUCAAGUUCUUGAUUCUGAUGGAAGUAUUAAAGAGAAAAGCCAUACACCGAAUUUUACUGAUGAAGAUCUAAUAAAAAUGUAUAAAGAUAUGACUCUACUCAAUGUAUUGGAUCGAAUAUUAUAUGAAUCACAACGACAAGGUCGUAUUUCCUUUUAUAUGACGAAUUUCGGUGAAGAAGCAACACAUAUUGGUAGUGCUGCUGCUCUUAAUGCAAAGGAUCUUGUUUAUGGACAGUAUCGAGAAGCUGGUGUUCUUAUGUAUCGAGGUUUUAAAUUACAUGAAUUUAUUGAUCAAUGUUUUGGUAAUGCUCGUUCAUCUUGUAAAGGUGUUCAAAUGCCAGUACAUUAUGGUUCAACCGAUUUGAGUUUUGUAACCAUUUCAUCAACAUUGGCUACACAAAUGCCACAAGCUGUUGCUCUCAAUGAAAUGCGACCAGUUUUAAUUGAAGCAAUGACGCUUAGAGUUGGUCAUCAUUCAACGUCAGAUGAUAGUUCAGCUUAUCGUUCGAUUGAUGAAGUUCGUUCACGUGAUAAAAGAGAUAAUCCAUCAUUACGUGUUCGUAAAUAUAUGUAUAACCGUGGUUGUUGGAAUGAAGAAAAAGACGAACAAUGGACUAAAGAUUCACAAAAAAUGGUAAUGGAAGCAUUUGCUAAUUGUGAAAAAACUAAACGAGCACCUAUUUCAACAAUGUUUGAAAAUAUUUAUGAUAAAAUGGAACCACAUCUACAACGACAAAUGAAAGAAAUGAAAGAACAUGUGCGUCAAAAUCAUGAUCAUUUUCCAUUAUCAUUAUACGAACAAUCUUCAACAUAA